AUGUCUCCAGAAGUUGUAUCGCCGGCACAUCCAGAUCGUCCCAUCAGACCUCUACCCAAGAGAAGUCUUCGUGAACGCCUCUCUCCCAAUGUCGCCGAAUCAAUCAAAUACCCGCCCGCACCCAAAACUCAAACUCCGUUGUUUUAUUACCCAUAUACUGUACAAGACGAUGUUGCGGCAAGUACCUUGGUAGAGUCUUCGCACCCAAAUGAGCAGCCCCAGGUAGAUAUUGUCGAUCAAAACUAUAUCCCGCGGCGGAAUGGAGAAGAUCCAGAAAGUGACGACGAGGAGGCUUACCGUACCACACGGCUCUACCCAAGACAAUCGACUGACAACUUUGGUCGUUCCUACCGCUUUGUUCAAAUACCCGAUUCAAAACACCCAAAUCCUCACCCUCCUGGCUCAAUUGCUUCAUCUGCGGAUGGUUAUGACUCGUUUGAAAAUACAAAUAACAAAAAGAAACGCAAGAUUCCCACACCUGGAGAUUCCAAUAUGAAUGGAGUUCACCUCUCAAAUGACUUAGCAGGCAUGGGAAUAUCUGGUCCAGACGAGGAGGAUGCCAAUGGUGCAGGAUACUACCAUGCUGGUGGCUCGGUAUCUCAAGGAUUGUCAGGUCCUGGAAGAGGCAGAUAUGGCCGAAAUCGCAAUGGCAGAAGUCCACUAAGAACUUUAUCUGAUGUUUCGGGUAAUUGGGGUAAUGGUCGCAAUUCCAAACAACGACAACCCCCGUGGCCAACACCUAGUAAGUUUUACUCACAUCAGUUUCAAACCGCGCUUAAUACUUACGAAUUUUACAAAGACGAAAGCGCAGGUAUCAUCACAACUGCGAUUGCGAAUGCUGAGAAAGAAAGUCCAAUAAAUCCAUCUCGAGGGCAAGAGAAUAUCAGUUUAUUGCAACAGCAGGCAUCAAAGAAACCGACCCCCACCUCUACUCAAUUCACUUUUACUUGCGAUUCUCAAGUACCCGCAGCGGUACCAUGGCCUGGGCCAAAUACUCUAAAUAUGCAUCAAAGUCCAGCUGCGAGGUCGAUGAUGACGCCUGGAACUCAAACAAACCCAAACAUGCAGAAUUAUGGAUCACAAGCUAAGCAAGGCUUUGCUGCAUCGCAACAAUCAGCGCAUACACAGAAGCAAAAUGUGCCACAAACCGCACCACCAAAAAGAACUCGGCGUCGAGCAAGCAAAGAAUACCAAAUUGCUGCUCGCCAGCGUCGUCAACAACAAGAAUAUCAGAACAUAAAUCAUCCUCCCAAUCCUGAAGAUAUUUGGAUUUGCGAAUUUUGCGAAUAUGAAAGUAUCUUUGGCGGUCCACCCGAGGCCUUGAUUAGGCAGUAUGAAAGAAAGGAUAGGCGUAUCAGGAAGCAGGAAGCGGAGAGGAAAAGACUACUAGAGAAGGCAAAGACAAAAGGGCGUAAGGGAAAAAAGGAUAGUAAGGCUGCUGCAAAGGGAACUCCACAGCAUCGCCAAUCACAGCAUCAAAACUCUCAGCAAGGUACCUCGGCCGAUCAGAGCCAUAGUCGGGGAACUCAAAGUGAAGACUAUCCAGAUGAUGAGUACGAUAAAGAGCAUGCCCAAGAUCAUCCCACCUCGACUGGAACUCAUUCUUCUCUCCGUCCAGGUGAGGUCUUGCAGACUGAUCGGGGUAGGCGUCUCAAUGGAAAUACUGGAAGAAGUAGCGAUGGCCGAACUGUGACCUGA